AUGACUGCCAAACGUUUCUGCGAUAAUUUAUCGGUUUCUUCUGAUAUUCUCGGAGAGCAAUUGAAAUUCCGUAGUGGAAAGACUGCUCAGAACCGCUUUUUGAAAGCGGCGCUAACCGAGCGGGUCUCUACUUAUGACCCGGAAAAUCCAAAGAAGCACGGACUUCCAACGAACUUUAUUCUGAAUUUGUAUGACAAAUGGGGUCAUGGAAAGUUCGGAACCAUUCUCACUGGAAAUGUUCUUGUUGAUCCAACUAACUUGGAGUCAGCAGGAAAUGCUAUAAUUUUCAAGGAAGGAGAUGGUGAAGAAAGACGAGCUCUGUUUUCUCAAUGGGCCAAGAAUAUGAAACAAGAUGGAGCUCUUGCAAUCGUUCAACUUUCCCAUGGAGGUCGUCAAACUCCUAUUACUGUUGAACCAAAUCCAUGGUCUGCUUCUGAUGUCAAGUUAACUGGAGAACGUCGUUUCACCCCAUUCGGUCAACCAGUUCCAUUGAGUGUCAAACAAAUCAAAACUCAGGUUAUCGAUAGAUUUGUGUAUGCUGCCAAAUUUGCUUAUGAGACUGGAUUUGAUGGUGUUGAGUUACACGGAGCCCACGGAUACCUUCUUGCUCAAUUUACUUCUCCUACUACUAACAAGAGAACUGAUCAAUAUGGAGGAUCUAUUGAGAAUCGACAAAGAAUCAUUCUUGAGAUUUAUGAUGCUAUUCGUGCUGAAAUUCCAGCUUCCACCGGUUUUCUUGUGGGAAUCAAGACGAACUCAGUGGAAUUCCAAGAGCAGGGAACUACGGUAGAUGAUGCCAAGGAGAUGUGUCAAGUUUAUGAAGAUAAAGGUUUUGAUUUCGUUGAGUUAUCUGGUGGAACUUAUGAGAAGUUGGCAUUCCAUCACAUGAGAGAUUCUACUCGUAAUCGGGAAGCUUUCUUCUUGGAAUUCGCAGAGAAAAUCCGUCCAGUUUUCAAGAAUACUGUUGUCUACCUGACCGGUGGAUUCAGAACUGUGAAAGCUAUGGUUGAAGCUAUUCAGAACGGCGCCACUCAAGGAAUUGGAUUGGGUCGUCCGAUCACUGCUGAGCCAGAUCUUCCGAAAAAGAUUUUAGAAGGAUCAGUUGCAUCAUCUAUCAAGAACGCUCUUGAUGAAAAUGAUUUUGGAAUCACUAACUUGGCAAGUAACACUCAAAUGCAACAAAUGGGAAGAACUAGUUAUCAGCAGACGGAGCAGAAACCAACUCAUGGAAUCAGCGACUUUUCUGAUGAAGAAACAGUCAAUCGGUACAAAGAAGCUCUCAAGGAGUACACUGUCUUCAUGAAAACUUUGGCUUCUCAAAACAAACCAAUUCAUGGUGUUCUUGUUUUCGAGGGAAUUCAACAACAAGCCUAA